AUGCUGCGCACAUAUCAGCGAAUUGCCAAAGUGGACCAGAUAGAUGAAAAGGACUUGGGAAAUCUCUUUGACUACUCCCAUUCAAGCGACCUGGUGUAUAUGCCCUUCAAGAAGAUGCACCGAAGUUUAUACCAUUGGCUGCCACCUGGAGGGACAGAUCAAUGCGAGGAUGUACACACACCACCCUCCCGGAGUUCUGACGUGGCUCUUUACUACCAAGCGGAUCGCUGCACAACUUUUUGUGUCGUGCGUGAGCCUUUGGCCCGAUUCUGGAGCGCAUUCCAAAUGAUGUUUUACGCGUGUGAUCCUGAGUCCGUAGACAAGAGGGCACGGGAGCUUCUGUCCGACUUGCCUACCCGGCCGUACGAGCACGAGUGCUUCUUCAUGCUGCAAGUGGAGAGCAUAUAUGGCGUGACCAAUAAGUCUGCCGCGACUCACCAGUAUUGCGAUCGGAUCUUGCAUGAGGAGAACCUCGAUCAGGAGUUUGAUGCACUUAUGGCAGAAUAUGGUCGCCAUGCGGAACUGCCUGAAGAACACCUGAUGUCCAGCUGGACAGACAUCUGCAACAUGUCAGUGGCUGACCUGAGACCGGAAACCAAAGCAGCCGUGUAUGAGUACUUCAAGGCAGACUACGAAGCUUUUGGCUACCCAAAGCCAGACUUUUGA